AUGGCUAAGGACACUAAGGUGGAGGACGCUAAGGUGGAGGUCGCUACAGCUGAGGACGCUACGGUGGAGGACGCUAAGGUGGAGGACACUACGGUGGAGGACGCUAUGGCUGAGGACACUAAGGUGGAGGACGCUAAGGUGGAGGUCGCUACAGCUGAGGACGCUAAGGUGGAGGACGCUAAGGUGGAGGACACUAAGGUGGAGGACACUAAGGUGGAGGACGCUACGGUGGAGGACACUAAGGUGGAGGACACUAAGGUGGAGGACGCUAUGGCUGAGGACACUAAGGUGGAGGACGCUAAGGUGGAGGACACUAAGGUGGAGGACACUAAGGUGGUGGACACUAAGGUGAAGGACACUAAGGUGGAGGACACUAAGGUGGAGGACGCUAUGGCUGAGGACACUAAGGUGGUGGACACUAAGGUGGAGGACACUAAGGUGGAGGACGCUACGGUGGAGGUCGCUACAGCUGAGGACGCUACGGUGGAGGACGCUACGGUGAAGGACACUAAGGUGGAGGACGCUAAGGUGGAGGACGCUAAGGUGGAGGACACUAAGGUGGAGGACGCUAAGGUGGAGGACACUAAGGUGGAGGACACUAAGGUGGAGGACGCUAUGGCUGAGGACGCUAAGGUGGAGGACACUAAGGUGGAGGACGCUAUGGCUGAGGACGCUAAGGUGGAGGACGCUAAGGUGGAGGACACUAAGGUGAAGGACGCUAAGGUGGAGGACACUAAGGUGGAGGACGCUAUGGUGGAGGACGCUAAGGUGAAGGACACUAAGGUGGAGGACGCUAUGGCUGAGGACGCUAAGGUGGAGGACGCUAAGGUGGAGGACACUAAGGUGAAGGACGCUAAGGUGGAGGACGCUACGGUGGAGGACACUAAGGUGGUGGACACUAAGGUGAAGGACACUAAGGUGGAGGACACUAAGGUGGAGGACGCUAUGGCUGAGGACACUAAGGUGGUGGACACUAAGGUGGAGGACACUAAGGUGGAGGACGCUACGGUGGAGGUCGCUACAGCUGAGGACGCUACGGUGGAGGACGCUACGGUGAAGGACACUAAGGUGGAGGACACUAAGGUGGAGGACACUAAGGUGGAGGACGCUACGGUGGAGGACACUAAGGUGGAGGACACUAAGGUGGAGGACACUAAGGUGGAGGACACUAAGGUGGAGGACGCUAUAAAGGUGGAGGACGCUAAGGUGGAGGACGCUAAGGUGGAGGACGCUAAGGUGGAGGACGCUAAGGUGGAGGACGCUAAGGUGGAGGACGCUAAGGUGGAGGACACUAAGGUGGAGGACACUAAGGUGGAGGACGCUAUAAAGGUGGAGGACGCUAAGGUGGAGGACACUAAGGUGGAGGACGCUAAGGUGGAGGACACUAAGGUGGAGGACACUAAGGUGGAGGACACUAAGGUGGAGGACACUAAGGUGGAGGACGCUAUAAAGGUGGAGGACGCUAAGGUGGAGGACGCUAAGGUGGAGGACGCUAAGGUGGAGGACGCUAAGGUGGAGGACGCUAAGGUGGAGGACACUAAGGUGGAGGACGCUAUAAAGGUGGAGGACGCUAAGGUGGAGGACGCUACGGCGGAGGACACUAAGGUGGAGGACGCUAUGGCUGAGGACACUAAGGUGGUGGACACUAAGGUGGAGGACACUAAGGUGGAGGACGCUACGGUGGAGGUCGCUACAGCUGAGGACGCUACGGUGGAGGACGCUAUGGUGGAGGACACUAAGGUGGAGGACACUAAGGUGAAGGACGCUAAGGUGGAGGACGCUAAGGUGGAGGACGCUAAGGUGGAGGACACUAAGGUGGAGGACGCUAAGGUGGAGGACGCUAAGGUGGAGGACGCUACGGUGGAGGACGCUAUAAAGGUGGAGGACGCUAAGGUGGAGGACGCUACGGCGGAGGACACUAAGGUGGUGGAGCUCUGA